CAAUCAAUUUUUCUGUAUUUGCUCAGGUGAGUGACUCUACUUUCACUACGAUGGAUUCCAUCGUGUCAUCCCCUUCAUCUAAUAGUAACAUCCACGGACUGGUCCACCCUACGGUCGACGAAAAUACCCAACCAACGAACGUUACAAAUGGCGUCCGCCAUGUUGACCCGUACGAAGCUGGCACCGGAUAUGCCUCUUCGGCCAGUAUUCUUACCUCAGCCCCUACACGCCGCAGCUCAAGGAGGAAGAAUUGCCCCCCAUCGAACCCGAUAAAAGAUAUCGGAAAUAAAUCUACAGCAGAGAACUCUCUUUCCACCAAACCUACCGUGAACAUCCGUAGGCAACGAGGAAGACCGAGGAAAUCUGCUCGUCCGUGCACCGAGAUCAACGACUCUACCACUCCAGUGGUCCCGAAUCUACCAGAUACAACAAUCUCCGAUCCCGAUCAAUCUCCAGUAGUCCCUAUCCGAAACCCCUCCAUCCAGGUCUCUUCGAACACCGUAUACAAUCACACCGUUGGUUGCACCUUUGACAGGAAUUCUGCGGUUUUUCCAUGUCUCGCUGCUGACUGUAAGAAGGUAUUCUUUAGUCUACACUCCCUUAUGUCACACUCGGGCAUGGUCCACAACUCCCAUCUUAACCCACUCUGGUCUUGCAACUCAUGCCAACUCUCAUUUAAAACCCGGCUCAAGCUUCUGGAGCACGAGUUCUCAGCACAUCAAAUUGACUUUCCUUAUAAGGCUAACCCAAUAACUCCUGAGGGGUUGCCGACAGGCUCUCGGGCGAUUGACUAUAUCGUGAGAAAAGGUGUCAACAAAUUCCCCUGCCUCUUCGGCUGCGAGAUCGUCACCGACAGGAAAGACUCUCUCAUCGGGCACACACUUACGGCGCAUGAUACUCUCCUAAGAAUAAUUAUCAAGUGUGAUGCCUGCUGCUUUACCACCAUUGACAGCAACGAGUUUUCGAGCCACAAAGCCAAGCGCUGUCCGGUAUCUCUCCCCGGUCCGCCUAAUUCGACCCUAACAUUGGAUCGCAUAAAAGAUCACCUUAGAGACGCCGUCGGACUCGUCGGUUGGAAUCCCGUUAACGUAAGACACUUCCUCGAGCUCCGGGAUAUCCACUUAGACCCCGAAGCCAUAUCCAAGGGCCUGGAAAGUCUGAGGGAGGCGCCCAAUGCGAUCAUCCCUAUAAAGAAAAGCAAUAUGGCUAGGUGCCAGAAAUCUAUCCAAGCCGUCAACAACCACCCGGUAGGUAGCCAAACUCUAAUCUCUAACGCGACCAACGGGGUUCAGGGGGGAACUGUCCCCUCUCUUCCCGGUACUCCCCCGUUACCUGCACCCCCGGUCCAGGUUGCAGGCCCUCGCCAAGUUUGUACGGUUCAUAUAGAAACCACUGCCCCGCAGCCUCCCCCCUCUGAGGCCUAUCCGCCAAUUCUCCCUCCGCCCACUCAAGACAUCGAUGCCUCUUCCUGUUCCGCUUUGGCCGCUACCAUACCUCCUACCGUGCGCUCCUCUCCGCCGUCUCUUGCCGAAGCCGUCUCUCCCUCCUCCAGAUCCAUCCACCUCAACUCCUCGCCAUCGUCUAACGCUCGUAACGCCUCGGUUACUACUUCUCCUCACAACAUUACUCAGACUCCGGCCCCCGGAAUCACUCUCCAAUCCCCUAUCCACCCACAGUAUUCGUCUCUCACCGUUGCGCCGCACUCCCGGUGGCAACUACGCAAUCCGAUCAUUAAAUCUGCCGAGGAAUGGGAUAAGGCUUGCUCUACUAUCGCCGAAUUAACUAGAGCAUAUGUAAUCUUCGACGAAGAUCCCUGGGAAGAAGUGGAGCGAAAGGAUCGCGACCUUAGAGAAGCGCUAUAUAGCUGCAUUUGGUCUCUAACCCACCCCUCCACCCAAACCGAUGGUACCGUCUCCCAUCACGACGUUAGUCACUCGGGGCAUAUUCCGCAGGACAAUAGCUCUACUGAUAGAGAGGUCAACUCGGUACAACAAGAAAUUUUAGACAUCAACGCACGCCUGAACCAACGAAACUUGACAUUUCGGCAGAGAGGCGAACUGCUGAGAAGACGUAGGAAACUCCUCUCGGACCGCUCGGCCUCCUUCUGGCGUCGAAAAUUCAACUUCCGGCCGAAGCAGGUAUUCGAAGAGUUGAUCGCCGGAUCUUCGUCACCUCGAUGUCUCCUCACUUUGUCCACCAUAGAAGAGGCGUUCCGUGCAAGAUACUCCCAGGAGAUCGACGGUAACACACCACCUGCGGAGUCCUUUGGCGAAUGCCGUUUUCAAUUACGUCCCCCCUCUCUCGAUGACAUCGAUCACGUACUUAAGAAAACUCACGGAAGUUCCAGCGCCGGAUACGACGGUAUCCCUUACGCAAUCUGGAAACGCUUUCCCGCACUCAAACCGUGGCUUUUGGUCCUUUUUGCUAGGUGCUGGAAAGAGAAAAGGAUUCCGGAAGCCUGGAAAAUCUCUAAAACCAUACUGUUAUAUAAAAAAGGGGACCUUAACUCCAUUAACAACUGGAGACCCAUUACCAUUCAAUUGACAAUAGCCAAACUCUACUCUUCCUGCAUCGCCCGCAGCAUCAGGGAAUGCUGUAUCCAAAACGACAUCAUUUCCAGUAACCAGAAGGGAUUUAUGCCGACUCCCGGCUGUAUCCAACACGACUAUCUGAUUCACUCCGCCAUCCGGAAAGCAAAGAGAUGUAAAUCAUCCGUAUUCAUUUGCUCCUACGACUUUCAAGAUGCGUUCGGCUCCAUCGACCACUCAUUGAUACGUAAGUCGUUAAACAAUCUAGGCUUCGGACGUGACUCGACUGACAUCGUUAUGAGUCUCUACAGUAACAUCAACUUCUGGGUGGAAACCCCCUCGGGAAAAACUCAGCUCAUCCCUCAGAAGCGUGGCGUUAAACAGGGAGAUCCAUCCUCUCCCCUCGUCUUUAAUCUGGUCUUGGAGAACUUAUCGAGAGCUCUAAACAAGCUACCGAAGACCAGUCAGGGAUUCAACCAUCUACUGUAUGCCGACGACCUCACUAUAAUCUCGGAAACACCCCAACACCUUAUACAGCUGCACGAAUCGGUUAUCAACUUCAACACAAAUUCUGGUCUCUCCCUCAAUAUCAAUAAAUGCAAACUUCUCGCCUGUAAAGGCACAAAAAAUUCUAUCAAAGGCACGCUCUCCAGCCGGGAUCUAGACAUCUCCCUGAAAGUCGGCAACCACACCAUCAAACCUAUCCCCUCCAAGGACUCCUUCCGGUAUCUCGGCAAUAAACUGGGUAAACUAAGGAACGGCAUCUGGUCCUCCUUCUGGGAACUACUUAACGAUACCAAGGCUCUUUUGGACAAAACUGCUUCCAGCCCCCUGCUGAUUCAUCAGAAGCAUCACCUUCUGCGCACCUUCAUCUGUCCGCGAUGGGAAUACUACAUCCGUUUGAACGGGCUAGGCACAUCAUACGCCAAAAAACUCGGAGAAGCCCUCAGAGACGCCGUCCGGAAAUACGUCGGUCUUCCCAAACAGACUGCACGUGCUACUUUCCACUCCCUCCCAGAGGACGGGGGACUCAAUAUCCCCGACCCCUGGACUUGGUGCUGCGCCACGCAGAUCUCGCACAUCAUCGACCUUCUGAAUUGCGACGAUGCGCUAGUCCGCAGCGCCAUCCGUGACGAAAUUAUUCUUUUAAUAAAAACCAGAUAUCGCCCCUCCCCCGACGCCUACACCGACAAUGACGGCCUGAUGCUCGAUUAUCUUAAUAGUCACUUGGAGCACAGGAAGCGUGCUAAAUUCAUCGACUGCUCCGAUCCGACCGCUAUGAUCCCGAAUUACAUCCGCGAUGCCAACGUACGGAUCUCGCUUCAGGAGGGUCAAUUCCGCAUCACCCAACCAGAUGGCACGGAAUUUCGUAACCGUUAUCGGAACAACAUAACCAAACAACUCAAAACCCUACUAAAAUCCCGCAUGGCCGACGACUGGUGUAGCAGGGAAGGGGGCCAAGGGAAAGCCAUGGCCACGUGCAGGAACACUGUGUCGAAUUCCUGGAUCAACUCACCCUGCCUAUCAAAAGGCACCUACGCCUUCGCCUUAAAAGCCCGGCUUGAUCUUCUUCCCACUAAAGCUAAUCUUUUUCGGUGGAAGAAAUCCCCCACCAGCCUCUGCUCCCACUGUGGUGAACGCGAAACUAUGCAUCACAUCCUCUCGAAGUGUCACCAAUAUAUGCCGCUCAGACGCGAGUUACAUAACAAAAUUCUGACGCGGAUCAGCAAGACGAUUCACUAUAACAACAAGGGCCCGGACGUCACCGUAGCUAUCGACAAAUCGAUAGACGAGCUGGGAGACGAUAACCUACGCCCCGAUAUUGUGAUACGUAACGAGAAAGAGAAAAAAAUCAUUAUUAUAGAUCUGGCCAUCACGAGCCAAUACGGCAAGGAUUGCAUCAACGCCUCCCGCCAAAAUAAAAUUGAAAAAUACCGCCACAUAGGGGACCACUUUGCCGCGAGAGGAUACAACGUUGUAAAUGACGCAAUCGUGUUUGGCUCCAUGAGGGGAACCGACUCCCGUAACACAAAGCUCUUUAAAACCUGUGGCUCUCCUGUCAAAUUUUCUGCCAAGAUGCAUAAAUUUAUUAUAUCUGACAUCCUGAAAUUCGCUCACAAAAUAUGGGGACAAAGAUGUGGCCCGCGGAUUACCCCUGCCAUCCGCUAGCUUACCGGGUAUAUCAGCUUGUACUUUUAUAUACUUAUAUGUGU